AUGGCCAACGGAAUCCUUCAAGUGAAAGAAAAUACCAUUAUUGAUGGCAAUGGAAAGCAAGUCGUCUUGCGAGGCGCUGCGAUCGGAGGAUGGAUGAAUAUGGAGAACUUCAUCACUGGAUUCCCCGGUCAUGAACAUCAGCAUCGAGCGGCUAUGCGCCGAGUCCUUGGAACUCAGAAAUACGAGUUCUUCUUCGAUAAGUGGUUGGAGAAUUUCUUCACUGAUGCGGACGCCAAGUUCUUUGCGAGUUUGGGGCUGAAUUGUCUCCGGAUUCCGUUUAAUUAUCGUCAUUUUGAGGACGAUAUGGCGCCGCGGGUUAUUAAGCCGGAGGGGUUUAAGCAUCUUGAUCGUGUGGUUGAUUUGUGCGCUGCAAAUGGCAUCUACACCAUCCUGGAUAUGCAUACCGUGCCCGGCGGCCAAAAUCCAGACUGGCAUUCGGAUAAUCCUACGAGUUAUGCUGCGUUCUGGGACUACAAGGAUCAUCAGGAUCGGACUGUUUGGCUUUGGCAGCAGAUUGCCGCUCGAUACAAGGAUAAUGUCUGGGUUGCUGGGUAUAAUCCUCUGAACGAGCCUUGUGAUCCUCAGCAUGUGCGACUACCUGCAUUCUACGAGAGAAUUGAGAAGGAAAUUCGGAGCGUUGAUCCUCAUCAUAUACUGUGGUUGGAUGGAAAUACGUUUGCUAUGGAGUGGAAGGGGUUCGAUAAGGUGCUGCCGAAUUGCGUUUAUGCUAUGCAUGAUUACUCGACAAUGGGUUUCCCUACCGGUGAUGCCUACAAGGGCACACCCGAUCAAAAGGAAGUUCUUGAACGACAGUACCUCCGUAAAGCAGAAUUCAUGCUCGAGAACAAGACCGCAAUCUGGAACGGCGAAUUCGGUCCCGUCUACGCAGACCCAGUUCUCGACGCCGAUGCCGAAACAAUCAACCAACAACGAUACAAUCUUCUCGGCGAGCAACUACGGAUCUACGACAAGUACAACAUCAGCUGGUCAAUCUGGCUGUACAAAGAUAUCGGCCUACAGGGUAUGCUCUACACCAAUCCAGAGAGUAAAUGGAACAAGACCAUCCAGCCACUCCUGGAGAAGAAGCGCCUAUUCUGGCUGGAUAAGUGGGGACAGCGACCUGCCGCAGAGCCUGAAGCUGCUCUUCGACCUUUGGUGAACUGGAUUGAUAGUGUUAGUCCGACGGCUAAGUAUACGUAUCCCACUCACUGGAAUACGGAGAUGCAUGUUACUCGCAAUGUGUUUAAUACUUUCCUGGCGGCGUCUUUUGCGGAUGAGUUUGCAGCUUUGUUCCGGGGGAUGGAGGAGGAGGAACUUGAGGAGUUGGCGAGGAGUUUCCAUUUUGAUCAGUGUGUGCAGCGGGAUGGGUUGAAUCAGAUUCUGAAGGAUCAUGCUCGGGCGUUGCAGUGA